GGUUGGAAGGAGGGACCAGGCAGGGUCAGGGGGUAGGGCUGAUGACAGGGGCCGUAGUGGAUCACAGUGGAGUGACUCCUCCCCAUAGAGGAGGAGAAAGACACGAGGGACACAGACGGCAUCACAGGCAGAAGCUGUACUCACCUGCACAGGUUUGUGCACAGGAGAGUCAGUGGUUGGACAGUGUAUCUCUGCUGAUAAAGGACUCAUUUGAAGGAGAGAUGCUGAUGAUUGACAACCUCUCUGGAUCUGUCUUCCAUCACUACUCCUCUACCUCUUCUCCUGUCUGGAAGGACUACAAGGUGAAUCUGCAAGAGAUCCGAUUGGCUGAGGUGGAGCAGGCGUCUCUGAUGUCAGAGCAGUUGUCUGACAAGUCAUCAUCACUGGCCCUUCCUGAUGAUCUUAGUCUGGACGACCACAGUGACUACCAGCUCCUGGUCAGGGACGGCAAGGAGGAGAGAGGGAGCAGUGACUCCCACAGUUCUGAGGAAUUGAGGGGGAUUCAGGCUGGGUGUGGAGGGCGUUGGGGGCACGGAGGUUCUCGACCCCACAGCAGAGGCCCUGAAGAUGGGGUAGGAUUCCUGCUAGAGGUGGGUGCCCAGCCCCAGUUCCAGAGCCAGUCUCUCCAGUUCCUCCACCACAACAGAGAUGGUGAUGGCCAUCACAGUGACCAGGUUGGCAGUGUCGGAUGUAGAGGUUCCUCCUCUCCUCUCUUCCAUCUCCCUGUGGAGUUCUUUCACCCCGCCACAGCCACAGCGGUCCCCCCACCCAUCCACAGGACGGGCAGUGUCCUAGACUCCCCAGGGGCCACCAGCAGAGUCCUAGACUCACAAGGGGCCAAAAGCAGGGUCCUAGACUCCUCAGGGGCCAACAGUAGGGUCCUAGUUUCCCAGCACCCGUCCCACAGUGACUCGUCCCUGGCCACAGGCAGCUCCGAGGGAAGCCUCCAGACCACCCUGGAGGAAGGUCUCAGCUUUAGCGUCUCCCCCCCUCGAGGAGACCUGGGACUCUCCCUGGCCCUGCCUCUCCUCUGCCCUCUCCCCUCCCUCACCUCGACGAAACACGACAAACCCCCAGAUCGCUGGGUCACCCCUCAAUGA